GAGGUGAUUGGAUGUGAUGAACCCUUAAAAGCCUGGAUCGCACUGAAAACAUUCAGUGAAUUUCAAGAGAUAAGAAGAAGUUUUUGCUGCGUCCUUUGGCCACCAUGAGCGGAUGCCCGUACUUUGAGAAGAGACAUUUGUUGUUCAAAAACAAACCUCCUGCUGAUGAAGAUGAGGACGCCUCGCAGGCCGGAGUCAACAACGCCAGUAAAGGAGGAAUCAUUUAUGGGGACUAUCUGCAGCUCGACAAAAUAGUCACAGCCCAGGUUCUGCAGAGUGAAGCAAAAGGCAACAAAAUCCAUGACGAGCACCUCUUCAUCGUCACCCAUCAAGCUUAUGAGCUGUGGUUCAAGCAGAUUUUGUUUGAGCUGGACUCCGUCCGAGAGAUCUUCGUCAGUGGACACGUUCGCGAUGAACGCAACAUGCUCAAAGUCAACACUCGUAUCCACCGGAUCGUGAUGAUCUUCAGACUGCUGGUCGACCAGUUUGCGGUUCUGGAAACCAUGACGGCCCUGGACUUUUUUGACUUCAGGGAAUACCUGUCUCCAGCCUCUGGCUUCCAAAGCCUUCAGUUUCGGCUCCUGGAGAACAAGAUCGGCGUGCCGGACAACCUGAGGGUCCCGUACAACAGACGCCACUACAGAGACAACUUUAAAGGCCGACAGAGCGAGAUGCUGCUCUCUGCCGAGCAGGAGCCCACUCUCCUGAAGCUGGUUGAGGAGUGGCUGGAGAGAACUCCAGGCUUGGAGGUGGAGGGAUUCAACUUCUGGGAAAAACUGAGGAUCAAUAUAUUUGAAGGGUUGAGCAAAGAGAGGCAGAAAACAGAGAAGAUGGCAGAUGGGGAGGAAAAAGAGGAGGUGAGGGCGGAGCAAGCCAAGCAGAAGGAGAUCUUCACCUCGCUGUUUGAUGAAAAGCAUCACGACCACUUGGUCAGCAAAGGUGAGAGACGGUUCUCCUACAAAGCUCUUCAAGGAGCGCUGAUGAUCUAUUUCUACAGGGAGGAGCCCAGGUUCCAGGUUCCCUUCCAGCUGCUCACCUCCCUCAUGGACAUCGACACCCUCAUGACCAAAUGGAGAUACAAUCAUGUGUGCAUGGUGCACCGUAUGAUUGGCAGCAAAGCGGGCACAGGUGGUUCGUCUGGAUACCAGUACCUCAGGUCCACUGUCAGCGACCGCUACAAAGUGUUCGUGGACCUCUUCAACCUGGCAACAUUCCUGGUGCCGCGCCACUGGGUGCCCAAGCUGAACCCCAACGUGCACACCUUCCUGUACACGGCGGAGUGCUGCGACAGCUCCUACUGCAGCAGCGAGGAGUCAGACUGACGUGUCCAAUGAGGUUGCAGCAGCACAAAGGACAGGAAAUGAUCUGAAUUCAUUUGUUUUAUUGCAAUGUGGAAAAAAAA